CACAAACAACCCUUCACAGUCAGUUUUGCUCAGUGCUGGUCUCUCUUGAGCAGAUGUUGGCUCUUCGCCCCAGGUGGGCAUCCCAGCACUGCCUGGAACAAUUUACGUAUAGUGCAGGGUUAUCGACCUCUCGAACCCUAUCCCAGGUUCCUCGUACUACAUCUAGAUAUCUACUCUGUAUCCCAAGAUAUUCCAGCACCGCUGCUUCUCCUGAGAAAGCUUUCAAGGAUCGGAUACAGGAAGUCAGGAAUGCCUGUCCUGAGCCGUAUCCUCGCCUUGCAAUAGAUAGUCGCACACUGAGCUGCUCAGAGUUCCGCUCUAGAUAUCAAUAUCUAGCCAAUAAUGAAACUGCUGAAGGUCACACUGUCGCUGUCAAUGGUAGGAUACGUACCUACAGACUUGCCGGGAGCAAAUUGAUAUUCUUCGAUAUCAUUCAAGAUGGCCAGAAGGUGCAGGUUAUGUGCAACCAGCGCCGCCUGGAUGGCGUAAGCCCAGAGCAGUUCAAAGGCUUCUAUCGGCUACUCCGCCGCGGUGAUGCUUUCUCUGUAACCGGAACACCACAACGGACGGGACGAGGUGAACUCACGAUCGAAGCCACCGAGUUGCCAAAGCUGUUGUCCCCGUGUCUGCAUGACGUGCCACUCGACGCGAAGGGGCAUGAGAAUUCUCCUUAUGCUCGCCAUGUCCAGUUCCUCGCGGACCCGACGACAACUCAUAUACUCAGAGCCCGGUCGGAGAUCGUCCAGUAUCUACGACAAUUCUUUCUCGAUCGGUCCUUUAUGGAAGUGAACACGCCUAUAAUUGCUACCGAUGCUGGAGGAGCCGUUGCGCGUCCUUUCUACACGUCUGCGACGGAGUUCCCAGACAGAACUCUUUCUCUGAGGAUCGCUCCAGAGCUAUGGCUCAAACGCCUGGUUGUCGGUGGUUUCGAUAAAGUGUUCGAAAUUGGACCUUCUUUCCGCAAUGAAGGACUGGAUAAGACACAUAACCCCGAAUUUACAACUUGCGAGUUCUAUUAUGCCUACGCUAAUCUGGAAGUUCUCAUGUCGAUGACGGAGAGUCUUUUGUCGGGGAUGGCAGCGCAUAUCCGCGAAUUCAAGGAAAAGAGUGCAGAAACGUUGCACCCGACAGAAGUCGACUUCUCAACCCCUUUUCGCCGGAUUGACUUUAUCCCAGCAAUCGAGGAGGCCAUAGGUCGCAGUCUACCCGAUCUUACCUCCCCAGGGGCUGCUGAAGAGAUCAAAACUCUUUUUGGAGAGCUCUCUCUCACGGUCCCUGAGAACCCUACCCUUCCACGGCUAAUGGAUGAGCUCUGUGCAACUUAUAUCGAGCCCCAAUGUCAGGAUCCAACAUUCAUCAUCAAUCCGCCCGAGUGCCUAUCCCCUCUCUCGAAGUCAUUCAACCACCCUGUCAACAACCAACGUGUUGCCGCGCGUGGGGAGCUCUUCAUCGAGGGCAAGGAAGUGGUCAAUACAUACGAGGAGGAGAACUCUCCGUUCGAGCAGCGGAAGAAGUUCGAAGAGCAGCUACAAUACAACAAGGCAGCGAAUGAGCCUGGAAACGUGGACGAAAGCUAUCUGCAGGCGCUUGAAUGGGGUCUUCCCCCCACUGGAGGCUGGGGUUGCGGUGUUGAUAGACUAUGCAUGCUUUUCACUGGUGCGAAGAGGAUAUCAGAUGUGCUGCCCUUUGGCAACCUGCGGGCUGUGACUAGGCGACGCGAUCAACAGUCCGGUUCUGAGUCAGAUCAGUGAUGCUAUACUAUUUCUUGUCAGCGUCUAGAAGUUCCGCGGUUUGUCCAAUGUCCGCAUAACGGACAUUUUGUAUACUAGUGUACCGAUUAGGAUAUUGCAAUACCCCAAUGCCAUG